GGGACACACAGAAGCAGAAUUCCCAAACAUUACUGUAAUGUAACAGAUGUUGGCAGAUUGUUGACACUGGGGAGAAUCGCACUUGUUGCAAUAGUCAACUCCACGUCUUACAGUUACGUUAAUCAGUUUUAGCUGACUAACAUCCACUGCAUCCCUCUCCCAGUCUCCCCAAACCUCACAGUCGAAAAAGUCGAAAGCUGUAUGACUUUUUGUUUUACUGAGUUUACAACAGAAAUAACAAGUGUGUAGGAAGUUUUUUCUUGGUUUAUAUUCUUGGAGACUCUGCCAACGCUUCCCUGCGAUUGUGACGCGAGGAACGCGGAAAUCGCAUAUCACGCUAACGGGAAUGUCACUUCCUAUCGAGAACCACUUGCUGCCACAGUAUCUGCAAAACAGUGGACAAGUUAUCUAUUCCGAUGGAAAUCAGCAUGGAUCUUUACAGUGGCUGUAUUUCUGUCGCUUCUGCAAGCAUCUGUGCGAUUACAGUAAUAUGACCUGUGAGAUUGAAAUAAAACGCUGUACAAGUUGUACGGAAACUUUCACCAGCUCCGAAAACAGCGACCGAGAAAUGGGAUGUCCGCAGUGUUUCGAAUGCCCAUUGUGUUCGCAGACUCUGGUUAUCCGUGCUACAACAGCACCGUCCACUUCUCCAGCGAAAACUGAUGGCGCUCAGUCAACAGCGUCGGAAAAACGAUACCAUCUGGUGUGUCAGUGCUGUCGCUGGAACAGCCGGGGCGCCGGCAUUCCCGACGCCAUUCGACCGCCGUCAAUUUCCGCUCCCUGGAAAUUCGUCCAGGAAGGUCAUGUUGAUCCCGCGGAAAGUGUGGUGUCGCUGUCCAACUACUACAGUGCACUGAGCAUAUCCGAGAGAGAUUCGGGCGUUACGAAGACCAAGGAGAAGCCCGGACGACGGCGAUUGGGCUAUAAUUCGCUAUCGGCGGAUAAGUAUCGACUGGUGUCGGUGGCUCAGAAACGCAUUAGCGGCGUGACUGGCGUUGUCCCCGAUUUGGAUGUCCUCAAACAGAAAGCACCAGAAAUGAAGUUUAUGGAAUCCUGCUCGGAAAUGUCAGAGAACGAUCUGUUGGACAUUGGGAAUGUAAAAACAGGAGAAAAUCGCUUGAGCAUGCAGCAACAAUUGCGUUUCCCGGGGGAUCAACCACAGAGUAAAUUUAAUCUGCUACCGAAGAAUCGCCCGCUCUCUUGCAAACGGACUUGGCGAUGUAAAGCGUGCCAGCAUGUUUUAACGAAAAACGACUUUUCUGCUCAUUCUGUGAAGUUCAAGAUCAUCAGCUCAGCUCCUUUGUUGGUGCCUACAAUUAAGCCCUGCAAACCCAACAUGAUUGUUGGAAAGCUAUGCGAUUUUGUGAUCCCCAUCAGUAAUCCUCUGAAUCAUGAACUAACCAUGGGCUUCUCCCUCCCGAAUCCCGAGGAACCGCUGCCGAAAUGGAUCACCGGUCUGCUCGUCUCAAACGUGACGCUGCCAUCGUCGGAAGUGACCUUGUUGAGCCGUAGCUAUGCGGCUGGGAUCGACGAAAAGGGAAAAGAGACAUCGAAAACUUCAGCAGAUGAUGAUUCCAACGUCAUAGCCUUCCGAAAACUUUACAGCGUUGGAGUGCGCUGUUCCUUUAUCCCGCUGUCGCAUGAGCGCGAUAACUGGCUGUCCUUCAACAUACGCUACGAUUUUCGCGAAUCAUCACCUACGGUCUUUGAGAGCGUCAAAAGCGGUGAUACGUCGGCCAAUCACGAAACAUCCAGUAAACAGGCAACUUGGAUACAUAUGCGGAUUGAUAUGAAUUUGGGCAAAGCAGAGAUUAGGUGAUAUGUACCUGUCCUGCACUGAAAUUUUCUAGAGAUAUGUAAAACUGCAAAAACAAUUGUUUGGUGCUUCUUAUCUUUUGUGCGCGACCCGGAAACAAAUGCUUGAUUCACAUUAAUGGUUGUUUAACUGUUUUUAUUUGUUUUCAUAGUACGUACUGACGGUACUGUAUCUUGUGCAAUGCUGGUGUGAUGCUGUUUAUAACUAUAUUUGUACUAUUUGAAUAAGAAAUUUAAACGUAGCUGUAAAAGGAAAGCAGUAAU